UAUUAUAAUCCCGUGGAAACAGUAUUUUAAUCCCGUGGAAACAGUUUUACUAAUUAGUCCUUUCGUUUAAUUGGAACGUAUAAAGGAACUUCUAUUUCAUGACUCCGUCAUUCAUUCACAUAAUUAACCCAGCGACCUACAUUUUGACCGCCGACUUAUGUGUUUUUCACAGCUAAUAUAAAUGGUAAUUUAGUUUAAAACUAAGGCUAUAAUUGAUUGGAUUUCAUUACUCUCGGGACAAAGUUGUUGCAAAAAUGAUAGUGACGGCAAAAGAGAAGUCAGCACUUUGUGCAUGUGGGACAGUGUUAAUUAUCCUAUGCAUCAUACAUGUGAUUCCCUCAUUGAGAAAUAAUGACCAAUCACAAUCAAAAGAAGAAUGCCGAGAAACAGACUUACGAAAGAGAGAUGAUAUUUCACAGAUUCCACGACAUAUUCAUCAAAUUUAUUUUGACAUUAACAAAGACGGUCAAGCACAUCUACAGAAAUACCAAUUUGCCCAACAGACCUGGGCAAAACUGUGUCCUGACUUUAAAUAUACUCUCUGGAACCAAUCUAUGGUUGAUGAUUUAAUAAAAAAACAUUACCCAGGGAUUUUCAAAUUAUACUCAAACCUUCCAGCAUGGAUAAGCAAAAUCAACGUUGGAAAAUUCACGAUCAUUCAUCAUUAUGGUGGAAUAUAUGCUGACAAUGAUAUAGAAUGUCUUCAAGAUAUAAAGUCACUUCUUCAAAACGUCUACAAUCAAAAUCAACAAGCUGUUUUUAAAAGUGGCGAUAAUUUCGAUAGGUUUGCAAUUGACUUCUUUGCUGCGACUGCCAAUCAUCCGCUUCUAGAACAUGUCAUAGCUGGUUUACCUUAUGCUAAACGAAAAUACUUGCUUCCAUAUUUGAAUAAUAUGCUCACUACAGGAACAGCUUAUUUCAAUAUACGUUUCAAAAGUUUCGAAAACAAAUGUGAGGUAUCAGCAUUACCUUAUCAUAAUGAAUACAUAGUACAUCACCGAGCGUCAUCAUGGCAUAGCUGGGACGGUAAAAUUAUAUAUGUCGUUUGGUUCAAGCGCGGAGUCCUAAUGAAAACACUAUCUUUAUUCAUUUUUGCUAUUAUUGCGUACAUAAUUUAUAGGAACAGAAAUUCAAGUAAAAGAAUCUUGAUUCGGCAGCAAUAAUACAGGAAAGAGGAAUACACCAACCUUAUUGACAGUUUUUCUAACAAAGAGGGAUAUUGACUGAGUGAACACGUAAGGAACAUUGAUAAAGGUAACACUAUGAUCAUAAGAAAGCUACAGUCGUAUCGUUGUAUUAUUUUUGAGAGUUGAAGGUGGUAAACAACGACUAAUAAGAAGAAGAACAACCCAAAGAGUCCGUGACGUCGACAGAACAGUAUAUAUUAGCUGAUGUUUUGCUAAUAACUGUUCACUAAAGUCUGAGAGAGUUAUCACGUGAUAAGCAUGAAUCAAUGCACCACUUAUAUGAACAACGACAACUGUGGACAUUCAUUGCUUGAUAAUGCAUGUAAUUAUAACAAGCACUUGGAACUAUUAAAGUGUAGCUUUGUUCAUAUAAUUGAAUCACUACCUGGUUUUUAAAUUGUUUUAGCAACACCAAUAAAAUUCCAACAGAACAUAUUCCAAACCUAACAAUCCUAUGCAAUCGAAUUGCUGAAACACUGCCAUAACCAAUCAACUUGUAUAGUGAUCAGAUAGUGUUUAAAAAGUUUAAGUGGUUUUCAUUGGUCUUUUAUUAUCGCUUACUUUGACUUAUUUUUAUGUUUUUCGUUCUAUCUCGUUGACUUCUUGAAAAGCUAACACAAGUGUGUGUGUUUGUCCUACACUAACCUAUAUUGGUUUAAAACUGUACGGCAUGUCGUCUCAGGUGGAGAGUUGUGCCAGCGGCAAUCAUACAACAGCUUCUUAUUUUUUAUAUUGACAUUGUUGAAGGCCGUACGGUGACCUAUAGUUGUUUAUUUCUGUGUCAGUUUGGUCUCUUGUUGAUAGUUGUAUCAUUUGCAAUCAUACCACAUCUUUUUAAUAUCAUAUAUAUUUAUCUGACAAUGUAUAUACAAUAUAUUAUUUAUUCGAAAACCAAUAAAGCUUAUAUGUAUAAAGUACACUAAA